GCUUCCUGGAAAGGACUGUCGCGCCUUGCUGACCGCGCGGAUUCAGAAGAUGUUUCUGACAAACGGCCCAGCGGGGGGCGCGGGUGGUCAGUCGGCUGAUAACGGGAAUGGGUUCGGAGGUAAUUCUGGUGGAUAUGGAGCGGGUAACGGAUACGCAGGAGGUGGAGGUGGAUUCGGUGGAGGGAAUAACGUUUGCUUUAAUUGCGGGAAGGCGGGGCACUUUGCUAGGGACUGUUGGUCCAGACGAACCGGGAGAGGUUUCUCGACUAACUACGUAGACCCUGAAUUGGAGGAGAUCAAGGAGCAACAUAGACAAGCGAGGAAGGAGAGAUUGGAGUUAGAAGAGAGGAAACGGCUGGAGGAGGAACGGAAGGCGAGGGAGGAGGAAGACGUAAGGCGGAACGCUGACUUCGCUAGAAAGGCUGAAGAAUUUAAAUUGCAGCUGCGGGCGGAGCUGGUCGAGGAAUGGAGGAAGAAGGACUCCGAGGCGAAGAAGGCUUUGAAGAGGAUGAAGCAGGCUAGUAAGAGCGCAACUACGAGACGACAGCGCAAGAAGGGGAGGAAUUUCGGCAAGACCGCGAGGAAGAUCGCGUCCCCCGAGACUAGUGACGACUCAGAUCCAGAGUCGGGGGAUUCAGACACAUCUGAUAUACAGUCUACAUCGGCUAGCUCGGACGACUCACACAAGAGGCGUGAUAAGAUACGGAAAGGGAAAAAGAGGGUGGGGGGACGGUCGGCGGCGAAGAAGGGGAAACCAAGGAAGCUUCCGGUGGAAAGUCCACCACGAGUAUACGAGCAGGGGGAGUGUUCAAAACCCAGGAAGGAGGAGUUUUUGAGGAAGAAUGAAGUAGUUGACGAUCGGAAGGAGGGGGAGACGGAGCCUAAGACGCCGCUUUUGGCUGGAUAUAAAGGCCUGGCCGCGGAGUGCUCACAAAAGGGGUUGAUCGAAUACUGCAUCUUAGCGCAUCGGAUCUACUCGGCAAAGAAGGCGAACACUCUGAAGAAGCUCUGCGAACGUAAGGGGAUCAAGUAUACCGGGAAGCCGGACGCCGUGGAGAUACUGGCUAGGCACCAAGUGCAUCUAGCGUAUGAUGGAUUCGAUGAAGGACUACGAUCGGACACGGUAGCUAAGAAGGCUGCUGGAGAGGGAACGCCCAUAUUGGACACCGCCAAGGGUAAAGGAGUGGUGGAGACGGUAGCAUCGAGACCCUCGAGGGUCAUAUUGAGGAAAUUUGGCUUGGAUAAGUACACGAUGAUCCCACUGAAGCAUUCUGGCAAGGAUGACGAUUACGCUUUUGAAAGAUUUCUGAUUGCCGAUUUGUGUCCAAGUCUGAACUCCCGGGAGUUUGGGAAGGAAGGUAAGCCGAUGAGGAGAAGGGGGAGGAGGGGUAGACGAGAAAGGAUAGGUAGGGCUGGGACUGCGCAGGUUCAAAGGAUAGUCACCUUCAUGUUUCAGAACUCGAGAUGUACGUCGCUGUUGCUGUGGCUGACACAACACGAGGGUAGGGGAUGUUGGAAUUUGGUAUUCUCCGGUGGUGUGGUGUGGACGGACCGCUGGAGGAAUGUCGUGAGGAGGUAUGGGAGCACGAUCCUCGAGACGGAAGGCAAGAAGUCGACACUACGAGAAGCGAAGAAAGUAUUGGAGCAAGGCGGGUCGGUGAGACUCGUACGGGUUGUCAGAACUAGGACAGCCACUGAGAAGAACAAGACCUGGCUGAUUGGGCUUCUGCGGAAGCCGAGACCGACGAGUCAGCUGGCUAAUCUUCCAUCCAGUAGGCUCAUUGGUCUCUAUAGAACAGCUCGGCUGUUUGCUGAGAAGCAGACGAGACUCAGACUGAGAACUAGCAUCGACCGAGCUAUCGCACAGAAGGUGGGUUUCAGUGUGAGGAGGAGGAUCAACAUCAAACUACCGUAUGAUUCUCGCCUGAGGAAAUCGGCGGUACGGGAGGCUACGGAGGGAUUGAUCAACAACAGGGUAUCGGACCUCGUGGUAGCCAAGUUUCUCAUGACAAGAAUUCGUAUCAUUUGGAUAAAAAACAAGAAUGUCUGGGAGCUACUUCACAAUCAGAGAGUGUAUGCUAAUGACGAACAUUAUCGGUGCCCUUGUAAGGGCUCGACUUUGGACAAGCUGGAUGGGCACGUGCUAACUCGUUUUUCGAAGACGAAGGUUCCGCAGUUCGUAGCAAAUUCAAGGAAUGUCACGAGGCCGGCGAGAGCAUGCCAGACUCCUACCAUUAUCAGGGCUAUUUUGGAUGCCAUGAAGCACAUCCGGGGCUCUGGGUCGAUGCAGGUGACUAUCACAUCUCCGUGGGAGGACAGAAAACCGUUGACAGGAGCGUGGGCGGACGAGGAGGUAGUUUUCUGGGCAUUACGAUUCGAAGGGCUGGUUCUGGUGCCUAUAGAUCGUAACCAGGGUGACACGACGGUUAUCUGCCCGGUACUCUACAGGCAUGCAUUUGGGAAGUCGUUCUCCUGGAACACGAAUUACGAGUGUGUUGGGACUGUGGAAACCGAGGCGUCGCUUUUAAAGGCCUGUAAGGCCGACUUUACGGCAAGGGGAUUGGGGAAAAUCGGUGGAUGGAGACCCGACGGACUGGGUGAACUGGCCGAGAGGCUGGCUGCCGCUUCUCAACAACUACGAGCAGCUGGCUGUACGCACGCGGAGGGGAGGUGUUAUGACAUCAAGGAGAUGUUCUCCCGUAUUCCGCACAGUGUUGUCAUUCAGGCUGUUCGCCAGUUAUUGCGCAAGUACGAAGAUGAUGGAUGCACCCAGAUCAAGGUGUCUAUGCGGGGAAAACUGGUGGUGAUCAGUAAGAAUAGGCGGAGGACAGAAGGGUAUGUUAGCAUCACACUGAGGCAGAUUUUGGUAGGAGUUGAGUAUGAUCAAGAGCACUCGUUGGUGAAGUGUGGAGAGAAGGUCAUGAAGCAGAUCUUCGGAAUUCCCAUGGGGAAAUCCACGAGCCUGAUCCUGGCCUCGGUGACCUGCGCCAUGGCAGAGAUGCAAUUUUUGAAUCAAUUGGGUGCUGAGAGAAGGCUGGUAUGUGGCUGGCGUAUCAUGGAUGACAUCACAGUCAUAGCUGGCAUAGAUGGUGAGACCGCAAGUUGGCUCUUCCCUGGUGGCUUCUUCAAGGCUUUUGAGGAUAUCUACGAUGAAAAUUUGGAGGUGAUCUGCAAGGAUGAUUGUGGAUUGACUUGGGAAUUCGUCAGCGGUUCAAUGUAUAUCCGCGGAUCUCCUGUGCAGUUACACUAUGUGCCGUGUACAAAGAACACGGAUUCACUCCACAGCGAUAAUUCGCAGGUGUUCCAGACUAUGCAGGAUUAUAAUUCGUACUCAAGAAAGGCGGUGAAAAAGGUGGUUCUGACGAUGAAGUUGCGAAGACUCUGGGACCAGACUACCAGCAAGCAGCUGGUACUGGGAGCCGUUGGUUUUGCUAUCUGUGAAGCCAACCUCCGGGGUUACCCCCCGGAGGCCUCUCUCGGUGCCCUGGCCAGUUUGGCCAGGGCUGCGCCUGACAGGGCGCUGCAAGUUUUGUUGACUGCUCUGAGAUUCGCGGCCUUUAGGUAGAGUUCUUGAGUAUACCCGUGUUACCGGUCUUCGAAGGGGGUAAGCCGGGGUUUUGUAUUCAGGGGAUUCGGUCCAUUCACAGUCU